GAACGAGAACGGGCAGAUUCACAUCCGACUCCCUCGCCGACCGAUGCCCCCGAGUAGAAGAAUUCCUAUUUCAAGCCCUAGUUCUCUUCAUCAUCUAUGCCGCGGCCAUGCGCAUCUGGAAUAUGCCUCUCUGCCGCAAGCCCUAAUCCUGUAUUCCCUUCGCCCUUCCCGCUCCCUCCCGCCGCAGCUCUGUUCGAUGUUUGUCUUCUCUCCUGAAGCCGAUUGCCGCCUGAUUCCCACAUCUCCAGACCAUCCCAUCUUGCGAUCUCCUUCCCGAUCCUCUUUUGAUUGUUUAAAAAAGAGAGAGAGAAAAAGAUAAGAAUUCAGAAGAGCUCUUCUGUGAUCGAUUGAAGUUUAAAUCUUUCUGAUGGCGGGCCUGGAAGGCCUUGGAUUCAAUGGCACAAAAAGGCCAAGGAGCGCUACAGUGAGGCGACCUCGGUCUGAGGCACAACUGGUUUCAGAGUCAUGUGACAUCUCACCACUGUCUCCUAACCCAUCCUUGAGUAACUCAAGGAAAUUUUCUCCUGAUGAUGAUGGAGGUAGUGAAUCCAACAUCCGUAGGAAAGAAAUUUAUCUGAACAACCCUCCUCCAAGGAAUUCAUCUACUGAUAUGUCUUUGAAGAAGAAUAAGAAGGGUGACAAGAUAUUUGGAGAGGCUGAUGGGGGGUAUUACGGAGCUGACAGUUCUAGAAGUGGACAUGGGUCUGAUAUGAAGCGUUCUAGUGAAGGAGUCCUUGCCCCAGCUAAGUGGAAAAGCACUGACAUUGCCAAAGAAGAUGCUGAGAGGAGGUCAAACCUAGAUGUCAACGUGGGAAAGAGUGGUGAAAAUUCUAGUAUGCAUCAAGUGGAAAGUGCUUCUAAUGCAAUUUCUGAAAAUAAGCCAAGGAAGGUGAAGCUCAAGGUUGGUGGAGUGACCCGCACAAUAUUGGAGACUAAUGAAGGUGGAACUUCUUCUGCAAAACCUCCGCGUUCCGUAGACUCAUCUCGGCAUCAAGUAAAGAUUAUUGCUAGGGAUUACACUGAAUGCCGCUCUCUGCCAGAUAAGAAAGAAUCCAGUGGAUCAAGUUUUACCCGUGGGUUGAAAGAGGAUUCUGAUGCAACACUUUCUGAAACAAGUUUGUUUGUGAAGCAAGCUGACAAGCUUCACAUUGCAACCUCCUCUGAGCCUACCCGUAAGAGCAAGAGGGUCCCAAAGAAGCGUGUGUUUGAUGAUGAGGACGACGAUGAGAUCCGUUACCUUGAGAAACUUAAAACUAGUAAGGAAUUUACAGAUGAUUCUGCCGAGAUUGAUGAUAGUGAGAGUGGUGCAAAGAAAAAGAAAAUAUCUAAGCUCCCAAAAAACAAGAAUUUAACUUAUGAAAUGGAUGAAGAUUAUCCUUUUUCACGAUCAAAUAAAGAGAAUAGGAAGAAGGUAAGAGCAGGAAAGGAAUAUGAUGAUACAGAUUAUAUUGAAGAGGAAGAACCUGGUUCUGAUGGUGAGCCAGAGAUCAAAAGAAGGAAACUAAAGGAAACUAGUGGUUCACCAGCUGAUGUUAGAAGUGAGCCACUUACGACCCGUCAACGGGCACUUCAAUCAGGAAAAGGUGGCAAUGGUGAAAGUUUAAUUGAGUUCCCAAAUGGGCUGCCUCCUGCACCUUCUAGAAAGCAAAAGGAGAAACUAUCUGAAGUAGAGAUACAAGCUAAGAAAGCUGAGGCAGCACAAAGACGGAAAAUGCAAGUGGAGAAGCAAGCUAGGGAAUCUGAGGCUGAGGCAAUACGAAAAAUAUUAGGCCAAGAUUCUGACAAAAAGAAAGAAGAGAAGAAACAGAAAGAACUUGAAGAAAAGGCAAAGUCAGCUAAGUCUCAAGAGCUAAUGCCAAGCACAAUUAGAUGGGUCCUCGGACCCAAUGGCACAGUUGUUACAUUUGCUGCUGAUAUCGGCCUUCCAAGCAUAUUCAACUCCAAGCCUUGCAGUUACCCACCUCCGAGAGAGAAAUGUGCCGCCCCAGCAUGUCCAAAUGCCUACAAGUAUCGUGAUUCGAAAACAAAUCUUCCUUUGUGUAGUCUGCUGUGCUAUAGAGUAGUUCAAGUACCGACCAACCAAGAUGCAGCCUGAAUACAAGUGCUUCUAUGUUUGUUAUUUUCUUAAUGAAGAUUCAUGGUUAUUCCAUGAUAACCCUGUGUAUAAUUUUUGUCUUGUUUUUGGACAAUCAGAUCAAACUAAUCCUGAAUACGUUACCAUACUUUUGACUAAAUGAGAUAUGUUUGCAUAA